GUUUUACAAACAAUUCACUAUUUUUCCCCUUUCAGGCACAAACUGGGUAGGUCAAAUCUUAACUGAUUUGGUAGCCAUAUUUGAAGAGAAAAUGCAGAAUAAAGCAAGCAGCAUGAAUGAUGAAGAACUAGAAGAAUUCCCCUACCUUGAAAUUGGAGAUACUGGGAAAUAUGAGCGAAUGAACAAAUUACCUUCUCGAAGAGUUAUAUUUACUCAUCUCCUUCCUGAAAAUCUUCCCAGGUCUGUCUUCAAAAAUAAAGCCAAGAUAUUGUUGCUGAUUCGCAAUCCAAAAGAUGUAGCUACAUCUUUUUACCAUUUUUGCAAAGCCAUGCCUCCUCUUCCCUCCUAUGAGACCUGGAAUGAUUUCUUCAUAGCUUUCAUGACGAAGAAAAUGCCCUGGGGAUGCUACUUUGAAUACCUUUCCAAAUGGAACAAAUAUGCUGCUGAUGAAAAUAUUAUGACAAUAACUUAUGAAGAGCUGAAAGAGAAUCCGGUCCUGGGUGUGAAGAACAUAGCUGCUUUCUUUGGGAUUGCCCUGACUGAGGAAGAACUUCAGAGUGUGGUAGAGAGGACCAGCUUCCAGUCAAUGAAGAAGAACUCUCAGAAGACCCAUGGGGCAUUUGGCAAUAUUUUCUUUCGCAAAGGUGGUGUGAGUGACUGGAAGAAUCUUUUCAGUGAAGAUCAGAAUGAGAAAAUGGACAAAGCAUUUGAAGAACAUGUAGGAGGAACUACACUGGGAAAAAAGUUGAAGUAUGAAUUGUACUGUAAAGCCUGA